GUCGGCAAACGUCAAUGAGAUUGUCAGCAAAUUUUCAAAACAAUUGUCCCACAAUCUAGCCAUCGGCUUUCGGGGUUUUGUAAGCAAAGUUUGUGUAGUUUUUAACCCAAAAUUUCGUCAUCCGGCAAGACCCGGACACACAGCAAACACGAUGCAGCAAUGACUAACCGUUAGACACUUGCACCGAGGCUGACAAACACAAUACACACCACUAGUCCACCUAGGGGAGCAGGACACAGAGCUGAAGGCACAGCGAUCUCAUAAUGCGGUUCCCAACCUUCCUCAAAUCGCUGCUGCUCGGUGUCCCGGUCGGGGUCACCCUGCUCGACUGUGUUGGGUAUGUGGCACGGGUCGAAGGUGUUUCGAUGCAGCCGGCCCUGAAUCCGGAUGCCACCGUCACGGAUUAUGUGUUCCUGUCACGCUGGGCCGUGCGCAACAUGGACGUGCAGCGCGGGGACAUCAUCUCGCUCAUCUCACCGAAGGAUCCGACCCAGAAGAUUAUCAAACGCGUCGUCGCACUGCAGGGAGAUGUGAUCUCCACCCUAGGCUAUAAGCUACCGUACGUGACGGUCCCGGAAGGACAUUGCUGGGUUGAAGGGGAUCAUACAGGUAAUUCACUAGAUAGCAAUACUUUCGGUCCCGUCUCACUAGGACUGGUAACUGCCCGGGCAACACAGAUCGUUUGGCCACCAUCCCGCUGGCAACAGUUGCCCUCGACCGUACCAAAGACGAGAGAGCCGAUUGCGAUGGGCAAACGGCCGGCUGCAGUAGCCAGCAGUAGAUCCGUUAGCAAUAGCAGCAGCAGUAGCAAUCCAAUAGGAGAAGUGCAUUGACUGAAUUAAUAGAAGAAUGUGUUCGCUUUUUUUAAAGGAGGAAUUCUGAACUUUAGAUCAGCCAAGUUUGGGCUCUUCCGAAAGCUAUUUUGUUAAAUAUAUUUUGCAAUUUUUCCCCUGUAA